UAACGCCAGCCGGAGAGGUGUCCUUGCGAGUAGUUCCGCUCAGAGGGCGGAAGUGCGCGGCUAGGUCUCGGCCACUGACCAGCCAGCAACAUGGUGGCAGCCGUGCUGGAGACCUCUCACGUGUUUUGCUGCCCGAACCGGGUGCGGGGAGCUCUGAGCUGGAGCUCCGGGCCCGGAGGGCUUCUGGCCUUCGGCACUUCCUGUUCGGUCGUGCUCUAUGACCCUCGGAAAAGGGUUGUUGUUACCAACCUGAACGGUCACACUGCUCGAGUUAAUUGCAUACAGUGGAUUUGUAAACAGGAUGGUUCUCCUUCUACAGAGUUAGUUUCUGGAGGAUCUGAUAAUCAAGUGAUCCACUGGGAAAUAGAGAAUAACCAGCUUUUGAAAGCAGUCCAUCUCUAUGGCCAUGAAGGACCUGUUUAUGCAGUGCAUGCUGUUUACCAGGGGAGGGCAUUGGAUGUUGCAUUAUAUACAGUGAUAGUUUCUGCGGCUUCAGAUUCCACAGUUCGAGUUUGGUCUAAAAAGGGUUCAGAAGUACCGAUACUAGCAUGUGGCGAUGAUGACUGCAAAAUUCACUUAUUUGUUCAACAAAAUGAUCAGAUAGAGUGGACGCCAGAGAUUGUCAUUUCAGGACACUUUGAUGGUGUCCAAGACCUAAUGUGGGAUCCAGAAGGAGAAUUUAUCAUCACUGUUGGUACUAAAAUCGCAUUUGCGGUUACUCUGGAGACUGUUCUGGCCGGUCAUGAAAACUGGGUAAAUGCAGUUCAUUGGCAGCCUUCAUUUUACAAAGAUGGUGUUCUACAGCAGCCAAUGAGAUUGUUGUCUGCUUCAAUGGAUAAAACUAUGAUUCUCUGGGCUCCAGAUGAAGAGUCAGGAGUUUGGCUAGAACAGGUUCGUGUAGGGGAAGUAGGUGGAAAUACGCUGGGAUUUUAUGAUUGCCAGUUCAACGAAGAUGGCUCCAUGAUCAUCGCUCAUGCUUUCCAUGGAGCACUGCACCUUUGGAAACAGAAUGCAGCAAACCCAGUAAGAAAAGCACUGUUAUCUCUGAUCAAAUACAGUGAAUCUGAAAUGAAACCUAGGUUAGCACAAGACGGUGAUCUUCCAGAAGGAGCUACUGUCCCUGCUUUGGGAUUAUCAAAUAAAGCUGUUUUUCAGGGAGAUAUAGCUUCUCAGCCUGCUGAUGAAGAGCUGUUAACUAGUACUGGUUUCGAGCAUCACCAGGUGGCCUUUCAACCAUCCGUACUUACUGAGCCUCCCACUGAGGAUCAUCUUCUACAGAAUACUUUGUGGCCUGAAGUUCAAAAACUGUAAGCUAGCUCUUUAGUCUGAUUCUGUUAUACUUGUGAUUUUUUUUCCCCCCACAACUUGCUUUUCUCCUUUGCUUUCGCAGCUAAGAAAGAACAUGCAGCUAUCAUCCUUUGGAACACUACAUCUUGGAAACAGGUGCAGAAUUUAGUUUUCCACAGUUUGACUGUCACACAGAUGGCCUUCUCACCUAAUGACAAGUUCUUACUAGCUGUUUCCAGAGAUCGUACCUGGUCACUGUGGAAGAGGCAGGACACAAUCUCACCUGAGUUAGACCCAAUUUUUAGUCUCUUGGCCUUCACCAACAAAAUCACCGCUGUGCACAGUAGAAUUAUUUGGUCUUGUGAUUGGAGUCCUGACAGCAAGUUUUUCUUCACUGGAAGUCGAGACAAAAAGGUGGUUGUCUGGGGUGAGUGCGACUCCAGCGAUGACUCUGUCGAGCACAGCAUCGGCCCCUGCUCCUCCGUCCUGGACGUGGGUGGCUCUGUGACAGCUGUCAGCGUCUGCCCAGUGCUUAACCUUGCCCAAAGAUACGUUAUUGCAGUAGGAUUAGAGUGUGGAAAGAUUUGUUUAUACACCUGGAAAAAGACUGAUCAAGUUCCAGAAGUAAAUGACUGGACCCACUGCGUAGAAACAAGUCAAAGCCAAAGUCAUACACUUGCUAUCAGAAAAUUAUGCUGGAAGAAUUGUAAUGGAAAAACCGAACAGAAGGAAGCAGAAGGCACUGAAUGGUUACACUUUGCAAGUUGUGGUGAAGAUCAUACUGUGAAGAUAUACAAAGUGAACAGUUGUGCACUGUGAUGGACUUAAUUACAAGCAUUUAUUCAUUGGUGUCUUAAAAUAUUUAUCACGUAAAUAGGUAACUUGUCUUUACCUCGUAAUUUCAUUGAGUUUCAUUUGUAAGUCCUAUGGCGGCAGUAUUGAUUUGGGUUGCAGACCCUUUGAAAUCUAAUGAAAGCUACAGACUUUUCCUGAAAUUGUUACAUGUGUACAUUCCCUUAGAGCCUUGCCCAUCCUUCCGGGGUUUCAGACCUGAAUCCGUGUGAUCCAGAUUAAGAACCUCUUUUCUGUUCUUUCUUCGUGACCAAACUUGCCUAAUUUUGUGUUAUUUUGGGCCUUCUCUUUUCAUAGGCCCCUCUUUGGGACAUUUCAUUAUUUAUUACCCUCUUCAGAGGAAGGACAUAGAAAAUAAAAAAGAGAAAAAAGCCAGAUUACUCAGUUUUUAUUGAAACAGUUUUUGUAAAUAAACAGACCACACAAAGGGUGGUCCUGACCCUUUCUUCCCAGUACACACUAACCAUUCCAGGAAUUUGGCAGGCGGUUGGGAGUUUGAACUACAGUCAGUCAUUUCUUCUAUUCUUUAAAAGUGCAUAGAUUCUUCUUGUAGGGUUUGACUGAAAAUAGAAUAUCCUGUCAUUUAAUCUGUUAGAGGUAUGAGCUGAAAAGUAGAGUCUGAAUCUUCUGAAUUUAUGUGAAAUCACAUAAAUGGGUCAUGAAAGUACAGGAUAUAUCCCCCAGGGGUAAUGAGUAGUGGGAGCACAGGGAAGAAGGUACUGGAAAGAGAAUGUUGGGUGUGCCAGCUGAGGUUUGGGAGGCAGCCACGAGAAUGGGGAGCUUGGGAGAUGGGCGGAGAGAGGUUAAGGGGGUGUGAGAGGUACAAUGAAGACUGUGGGAGUGGAGGUUUCCCCUGACCCUGGAGUCAUCUGGCAAACUGGCAGUUAAAGGAAUAUGCACAUGAUGUGCUGACAGAAGGGCUAUGAGGGCUUUCUUGGUGGAAGUGUAUACCAUUAUCUAACAUGACAUUUGCUUCCAAAGGAGGUAUGUGAUAUUUUAUCUAAAUAGAGAUUUCUAGACAAGUACUACCCAGUAUUUCUAAUCCAACAGAAAUAUAAUAUGAGCUAUGUAUGUAAUUAAAUUUUUUCUUUUUUAGA